GAGGCCGGGAAACAUCAGCCAAGCCUAUCGGCAGAUGGGCCACGGAGACUGAACUCACAUAAGCUCCGGCCUCCGGCACAGAGAGCUCCCACAUCCCGCCACAGCGACGCUUGCACCGCAGCUUGAAAAGGACGAAUACCAACAAUCGAACGCAAGGCCAGUCUAGACUAAGCAAUCAUGUCAGCCAAAGCCAUCUCCGAGCAGACGGGAAAGGAGUUCCUGUACAAGUUCAUCUCCACAUCGGAGGCUGUCCAGAACAAAUUCCGCUACGCCAACGUGACGGCUGAGACCGACUUUGACCGACUGGCUCAAGACAACCCAUGGCUGCUCACAGAGAGGCUCGUGGUGAAGCCGGACCAGCUGAUCAAGAGGCGAGGGAAGCUGGGCCUGGUCGGCGUCAACCUGGACCUGAACGGCGUCAGGGAGUGGCUGAAGACCCGCAUGAUGAAAGAAACAACCGUGGGAAAAGCCAACGGAAUUCUCAAGAACUUCCUCAUCGAGCCAUUUGUCCCCCACAAGCAGGAGGAAGAGUUCUACGUGUGCAUCUACGCCACCCGAGAGGGAGACCACGUGCUGUUUCACCACGAGGGAGGCGUGGACGUGGGAGACGUGGACGCCAAGGCGAAGAAGCUGCUAAUUGCGGUGGAUGAAAAGAUCAGCGAAGACUUGGUGAAGAAAGAGCUGCUGACGCACGCACCGAAUGACAAUAAAGAAGUCCUGGCCAGAUUCAUCGUUGGACUCUUUAACCUGUAUGAAGAACUGUUCUUCACGUACCUGGAGAUCAACCCACUGGUGGUCACAAAAGAUGGAGUCUACGUGCUGGACAUGGCCGCCAAGAUUGAUGCCACGGCUGACUACCUCUGCAAGGCCAAGUGGGGUGACGUGCAGUUCCCUCCACCUUUCGGCAGGGAGGCCUAUCCCGAGGAGGCCUACAUCGCAGACCUGGAUGCCAAGAGUGGCGCGAGCCUUAAACUCACCCUGCUCAACCCCAAAGGCAGGAUCUGGACCAUGGUGGCAGGAGGAGGUGCCUCGGUGGUGUACAGUGACACAAUCUGUGACCUGGGGGGCGUCAACGAGCUGGCAAACUACGGGGAGUAUUCGGGAGCACCCAGCGAACAGCAGACGUACGACUACGCCAAAACCAUCCUGUCACUGAUGACCAGAGAGCAGCACCCUGAUGGAAAGGUUUUGAUCAUCGGGGGAAGCAUCGCAAACUUCACAAAUGUUGCUGCAACAUUUAAGGGGAUUGUUAGAGCCAUCAGAGACUAUCAGGGGCCACUGAAGGAGCAUGAGGUCACCAUUUUUGUCCGCCGUGGAGGCCCCAACUACCAGGAGGGUCUCCGAGUGAUGGGAGAAGUUGGCAAGACCACUGGGAUCCCCAUCCAUGUCUUUGGCACAGAAACUCACAUGACCGCCAUCGUCGGCAUGGCUCUGGGCCACCGGCCAAUCCCCAACCAGCCUCCCGUUGCUGUCCACACCGCCAACUUCCUGCUCAACUCCAGCGGCAGCACAUCGACUCCGGCAUCCAGCAGAACUGCGUCUUUCUCUGAAAACAGAAUCGGCAUAGAGGGUUCGCCAGCCAAGAAGGCCAAAAGCAAAGCUCCUAUUGCCAAGGCAACGACCCUCUUCAGCAAACACACCAAGUCCAUCGUGUGGGGUAUGCAGACUCGGGCCGUGCAGGGCAUGCUGGACUUUGACUACGUCUGCUCCAGAGAUGAGCCGUCUCUUGCAGCUAUGGUCUACCCGUUCACUGGAGACCAUAAACAGAAGUUCUAUUGGGGCCAUAAAGAGAUCCUCAUCCCCGUGUAUAAGAACAUGCAGGACGCCAUGAAGAAGCACCCAGAUGUGGACGUGCUCAUCAACUUCGCCUCUCUGCGUUCUGCCUUUGACAGCACCCUGGAGACCAUGCAGUACCCACAGAUUCAUACCAUUGCCAUCAUCGCCGAGGGCAUCCCCGAAGCCCACACCAGGAAGAUCAUCAAGAUAGCAGAUAAGAAGGGCGUCACAAUCAUUGGACCAGCCACUGUUGGGGGAAUCAAGCCAGGCUGUUUCAAAAUCGGGAACACCGGGGGCAUGCUGGACAACAUCCUUGCCUCCAAACUCUAUCGUCCAGGCAGCGUGGCCUACGUGUCCCGCUCGGGCGGCAUGUCCAACGAACUCAACAACAUCAUCUCCCGUACCACUGAUGGUGUUUUUGAGGGUGUGGCCAUUGGUGGAGACAGAUACCCAGGCUCUGUGUUCACUGACCAUGUGCUGCGAUACCAAGACACUCCUGGAGUGAAAAUGAUUGUUGUCCUGGGAGAGAUCGGAGGCACGGAGGAGUACAAGAUCUGCCAGGCUAUUAAACAGGGCAGGAUCACAAAGCCAGUGGUCUGCUGGUGUAUUGGCACCUGCGCCACCAUGUUCUCCUCAGAGGUUCAGUUCGGCCACGCCGGAGCCUGCGCAAACCAGGACUCUGAGACGGCGACAACUAAGAACAGGGCACUGAAAGAAGCCGGUGCCUUCGUCCCCAAGAGCUUUGAUGAGCUGGGCGAGAUAAUCAAAUCUGUUUAUGACGACCUUGUUGCCAAAGGCGUCAUCCAGCCGGCGGAGGAGAUGCCUCCACCCACUGUGCCGAUGGAUUACUCCUGGGCACGAGAGCUCGGUCUGAUCCGUAAGCCGGCCUCUUUCAUGACCAGCAUCUGCGACGAGAGAGGUCAGGAGCUCAUCUACGCCGGCAUGCCCAUCACUGAGGUCUUCAAGUCCGAAAUCGGUCUGGGAGGAACUCUGGGUCUGCUGUGGUUCCAGAGGAGGUUGCCGAGGUACGCCUGCCAGUUCAUCGAGAUGUGCCUGAUGGUGACUGCCGAUCACGGCCCUGCGGUUUCCGGUGCCCACAACACUAUUGUGUGUGCGCGAGCUGGCAAAGAUCUCAUCUCCAGCCUCACCUCCGGUCUCCUCACCAUUGGUGACCGAUUUGGAGGUGCUCUGGAUGCCGCAGCGAAGCAGUUCAGCAAGGCGUUCGACAGCGGCAUGCUGCCGAUGGAGUUUGUCAACAAGAUGAAGAAGGACGGGAAGCUGAUCAUGGGCAUUGGACACAGAGUCAAGUCGAUUAACAAUCCAGACAUGAGAGUCCAGAUCUUGAAGGACUUUGUGAAGGCGAACUUCCCCUCCACCCAGCUUCUGGACUACGCUCUAGACGUGGAGAAGAUCACCACAUCCAAAAAACCCAACCUGAUCUUGAAUGUGGACGGCUUCAUUGGUGUUGCAUUUGUGGACUUGCUCAGGACGUGUGGUGGUUUUACAAGGGAUGAAGCUGAUGAGUUUGUGGAAAUUGGCGCUCUGAAUGGCAUCUUUGUCCUGGGACGCAGCAUGGGAUUCAUCGGACACUACCUGGACCAGAAGAGGCUGAAGCAGGGUCUGUAUCGCCACCCCUGGGACGACAUCUCCUACGUGCUCCCUGAACACAUGUCAAUGUAAACCAGACAGUGCCUGACUCCAGGACCCCCAGCGUCCCCCUCAUCGCAGCUGUCAAUCAUUCUGCCCACACUGUGAUCCAUCACCUAGAAGCAUUGGCAUAAUGUAGGGAAGAUGUUCCUAUUAAUGUAGUUGUAAAUGGCAAAAUAAGAAUGGUACGUUUUUAGUUUUGGAAACUGGAUAGUGCUGCAGUUCUGUGAAUAAUGUUAAAGCCCUGUAAACUGUGGAGCUCCAGUCAAACAGAGUUGGGGGUCUGAGUUUGUGAGUAGAUGAUGAAUCAGGUGAGGAGAGUUGUCAUGGAUUAUAUAACUGUCAUCCGCCACUUACUCUCAUUGCUACAACACCGAAGUACUGUUAUUAACCCCCCAAAUAUAACACUGUCGUAUUAACCUAGCAUGUAAGUCUGUAUCACAGACUGUUGUGUCUCUGUGCAGCUCUCUCUCCGUUGUGCCAUUGAAAAAUCCACGAGCUCGCCGCAAGGGAUAACUGUGUAGUGCAAUAAUGCCUUUUAAUAUGAGAACACACUGUAGAUCAGAGCUUUAUUUAUGUAUAGAUGUCGUCAUAGUGAAAAUUAAACGGUACAGGAAGGUUAUGGUUUAUGAUUGUUUUGGUUUUUUUAAGUCUGCUUGCUUUGACCAAACGCGACCAGUUUAUGAGUCAUUGCUAGCAGUUGCUGCCAUUUGUUGUCCCCAGGAAACGUUCCCCUGCAGCUGGUGCAAAAAUAUAUUUUAUACAAGGUUUUAAACGGACGUGCGAGAGUUGUUGAUUAUGAGAGCGGAAAAUAAAUAUGUAUAAUGUCAUUUUUAUUUUAAAUAUCCAAAGCUAUUUAAAAGAAUUAUUAAAUUUUGAAUUUUUCCUCUUCAAUUAGAAAUUAAUAAUUCUAUUCUGGGUUGUUUUUGUUUACUCUGUCUCUGUAUGUUAACAAAUGCACUAAGCCAAUUACAAUAAGGUAAAUAGUUAUUAUUGUUGUGUCAACAGUUAAUUCUAGUAAAAUGCCAAUAUGUAUUUUAUAUUUUCACAGUUAGAUCUUCAUGUAUUUUUAAUUAAUUAAAUAAAUCCAUCCUACAGUUUCAUUUUUGUGGUAGAGUAGGAUUUUAAAAGCCAUUCCCUGCCCAGUGUUAAACAUUCCCCAACCUAUUAACCUGACUUUUGUUUUAACAGUGCAAGUCUCACCUCAGAGAAUUUGACUGGCCUCUCAAUUUUUCAGACAAUCUGCUCAUAAUCAUUAGACAAAUCUCUCUUCUGCAAAUUAAAAAAAGGAUAUAAUACAUUUCCCCACAAUUUAUGAAGUCUUAAAUAAAGCAUGUGGCAGCCAUCGCCGGUGUCGUCAUUAACGUGAAUGUUACAAAAUUGUAGAACAAUAUUCUGUGGACAACGAGGGAACCUCAGCAGUGUUGUAGCAGGGUGUUUUUGUUUUUAACAGUUUCAAUGUUAACUCGGUGUGCCUCGGUACUUAUUUGUUGUAUGUUGACAUACUGUAUUGUAUUUGAGUCAAAUAAAAUGUAAUUGUUGUAACGUAAUAAAACGGUAUAAUUUCA